AUGUCGGAACUUGAAGAGACCAGAAACGUCCGAAUGAAGCGGUUCCCGUACAAGGAGGCGCUGCGACAGUGGUGGAACGCGCCCUCGGCCGAGAAGGCCGAAUUCGACGUUCUGUCCAUGCUCCCCUUCUUUCCUAAGCCCGAUGCCACCCGAACAGCAACGUCCAAACUCGUCGACAUUGGUAAAAACAGAUACAUCAACGAGUUCCACAUCCAAAACACCACCAAUGGAACCCCCCAUCGCAACCUCGUCAUGCUCCACGGCUACGGAACUGGCCUGGGGAUCUUCUUCCAGAACUACGACCAGAUCUCCUCUACACCCGAUUGGAACGUCUUCUCUCUUGAUCUACUCGGUCUAGGCCGAUCCUCAAGACGGCCCAAAUUCAAGAUCCAGACCUCGGACACAGACAAGAAGAUUGUGAACGAAAAAACCGGCGAAGUCGUCUACCCUGCGGUGAUCGAGUCAGAGAACUACUUUAUCGACGCCAUUGAGGACUGGAGACAGGUGCGCAAGAUUGAAAAAUUCACUCUUAUGGGCCACUCCAUGGGCGGCUACCUCGCAGCUGCCUACGCCUUCAAGUACCCCGAGAGAGUAGAAAAACUCAUUCUGGUGUCCCCCGUAGGUGUGGAGAGAUCAGGAGACGUGGAGGUGGACGAUUCGGCUUCUCUUCUGCAAGGAGCCAAAGAAAUUGCCGCUCAACCUGUUCCCGACGAACGUCUGUUCCCAGCCAUCACCCACGACGAAGGCAUGAAGGUCCAUCCUGGCGCUAUCCCUCCCCAGGAGAAAAUCCACUGGCUUAUGAAGUAUCUGUGGACCCACCACUACUCGCCCUUCAUGCUGAUCCGACAGGCUCCUCCGGGAGUAGGAGUGCGUCUCAUGUCAGCCUGGUCUUUGUGGCGAUUCCAGGAUCUCAGCGAAGAGGAUCGAAUGAAACUCCAUCUGUACUCCUACAAGCUCAUGGACAGCAAGGCGUCUGGAGAGCUGGCUCUGACUCGGCUUCUCAAGCCUGUAGCACUGGCUAGAAUGCCUCUACUGGAUCGCCUUGACAAAAUCAAGUGUCCCACCAUGUGGAUGUACGGAGAGAAGGACUGGAUGAAUGCCGAGGCAGGAGCCGAGGCCACCCAGACUCUCAACCGAAACGCCAGCAAUGAAAACAACACCCAGAGCGUGUUCAAGCUGGUCAAGAGAGCAGGUCACCAUAUUUAUCUUGAUAACACCCGAGCGUUUAACUCUCUGAUUGUCGACUUUAUGACCCGAUAG